AUGUCCACACGGUCCCUCGAAGAAGUGGUCGUGAAGGAAGGAUUGGUUUGCAAGAAGGAAGAAAGUCCUUGCUAUUUUAUCCGGGACAAACUGCCGGAUUCUGUCCCUCGGUGUGUGACUUUAACCGCUGAGGACGGACAGAAGAUUAACCAGUGUGAGGUGUAUGUGAGUCCGUUCGAAGCCCUCCUGAACCCCGUCCUGGACCUGUACGACCUGAAGGAGCUACGACUCUCCCUCCCGACGACGCCUCCGAGAGCAGAGUUGGUCGUCUUCCGCCUCGACUCCAACGUCAUCUUGUCCCCCGACGACUACGCGUGCUCGGAGGGUCGUGCGGGGUCGUGCUCGCAGCAGGUGGUCAUUCCCGACGACCUGGAGCGGUUCGGGGUCUUGGUCGUGACGCUCGACGAGGAGGAGGACGUGAAGUCGUUGACGGUGACCUUCCAAGUCUACAAAGCGCAGGUCGAGCAGCUGGCCCUCGACGUGUUCCGGGUGACCCUCGACAGCUCGAACCCCGCCGGGAACUACGCCCUAAAGCUCCACGGAGAAGCCAGCGUCAAGUGCGAAGCGACGACACCAGACCAGCCGCUGUGCCAGGCGUUCUUCUGCCGUGUGAACGAGACGGAUGACGUCACCAUUAGGAAGAGCGAUGACGAGAAGAGUGUCACGUAUUCUGUCAUGCGUGGAGGUCAGCGCGGGUCGGGUUAGGUCGGCCGGUUUGUU